AUGGUUGGUGCUGCUACUCUAUUAGCUCUUCUGUCUAUGGUGAUUUAUUACCGUGCCCACCGGCUGACACAUGGUACCAGAAGUUUGAAAGGAGAUGAGAGAAACGAAGGUGUUUCGCUGGAGGGUUCUUCCAUUUCUUCAUCAGGAACCAACAAGAAUCCAAGCCAAUCAUCUGCUUCAAUUAGCUUCCACCAAAGUCACUCCCUAGCCCAGAUGGGGUCUGCAUAUGAUCAAGGGGACACAUCAUCAGUUCCACAGAAGUCUAAAAAUCAUCUCGAAUCAAUAAGAAAAGAUGAAGGGUUAACUUCUCCUAUGUCCCUUUUGUCAUCUUCAAAUCCAUCACCUUCUAAAAGCCCAAUUUCAUCUGAGAAUCCUGGUGCGAUGAGAGUAAAAUCUCCAGACAAACUGGCUGGGGAUUUACAUCUUUUUGAUGGCUCUCUAACGUUCACUGCAGAAGAACUUUCAUGUGCUCCAGCAGAAGUUGUUGGGAGGAGUUGCCAUGGUGCACUAUAUAAAGCUACACUUGACUCCGGUAAUGUACUGGCAAUAAAGUGGUUAAAAGAGGGAAUAGCAAAAGGGAAGAAGGAUUUUGCAAGGGAAGUAAAGAAACUUGGGAGCAUCAGACAUCCAAAUUUAGUUUCUCUUCAGGGUUACUACUGGGGUCCAAAGGACCACGAGAAGAUGCUAAUAUCGAAAUAUAUCAACGGCCAAUGUUUAGCCUUCUAUCUUCAAGAAUCAGAGCCAAGGAAACUUCAGUCUUUAUCUCUUGAUGAUCGGCUAAGGAUUGCUGUUAAUUCUGCCCGGUGUCUAAACUACCUACACAAUGAAAGAGCAAUUCCCCAUGGCAAUCUCAAAUCAACAAACAUUUUAUUAGAACCUCCAAACAUGAAUCCAUUGCUCACUGAUUACAGUCUCCAUCGAAUACUGACAUCGGCUGGCACAGCAGAACAAGUUCUGAAUGCAGGUGCUCUUGGCUAUCGGCCACCUGAAUUUGCUAGUUCAAGUAAACCCUGUCCGUCAUUGAAGAGUGAUGUUUAUGCAUUCGGGGUUAUCUUGUUAGAGCUCCUAACUGGAAAAAGUUCACUGGAUAUAGUUUCUGCAGAUCAAGGAGUGGUUGAUCUGACUGACUGGGUGAAGCUAUUGUCUGAAGGGAACCGUUCUAGUGAGUGCUUCGAUAAACUGCUUGUGGAUACCCCUAAUGUAGAGGCACCCAGAGUUCUUGAUGAAAUACUCCAGGUAGCUCUUAAAUGUAUCCUACCAGCAUCCGAAAGGCCUGACAUGAAAACUGUGUUUGAAGAUCUUUCAACAGUAGCAUUAUGA